AUGAAGCUCGUCUGUCUGGUCUUCCUCAUAACAGCAGUGUUUGCUGCUCCAAAAGACCCAGAGCUGAAAGAUACUGAACUUAUCUUCACUUUCUUGGUUCAUCGCCAUGGAGAUAGAACACCAGUUCUUUCCUCAUUAGUCCUCAGCAAUGAUCCAACCAAGCUCAGCGAACUCUCUGCACCAUACGGUUAUGGACAGCUUACUAAUAUUGGCAAACAAAGGGCAUACGAACUCGGGCAGACCAUAAAAAGUCGAUAUAGUGAAUUGAUAUCUGAAAAAUAUAAUCGAAGUGAAGUAUUCGUGCGUACAACCGACUCCACUCGCACUCAGAUGACAGCUUUAGCUGAACUGGCUGCUAUAUACCAGCCAGGUAAAAACUCAUGGAGUCAAGAACUGCAGUGGACACCCGUACCUUAUACAACAGUACCCCUCAAAUAUGACUUUAACGCUGCUUUUGUGAACUGCCCAGUUUUUAUAGAUGGAUACCAAGCAUCGUUUUAUAAACCUGUACCUGCUAUGAAGAAAUUCAAAGAUGUAUUAAAAGUGGUAUCAAAACAUGUUAGUGUAGACCUCAAUGCUUACCCUGCCUUGACGUAUGCCGUCUACGAUCUUUUUGUCAGCCAGUUGAGUUUGGGACUACCUCUAGUUCCAGAAAUUCAAAAAGUAUUACCAAAAAUAGAAGAAGCAGCUGGUAUUGCUAUGGAUGCCGUAUAUGGAAAUGAAAAUUAUGUUCCCCUACAAGCUGGUGUCUUUUUAAAUGAAUUUUUCACUACUGUGGAUAAAGUAAUUGCCGGCAAUGACACCCGGAGAUUCCGCAUCUACUCCGCCCAUGACUUCAAUGUUUUUUCAUUCGAAUCGGUCACCAAGAUCACCAAUAAGCAAGGAUAUCCCAAAUAUGCUUCUGCGUAUUCCUUAGAAGUGAGAAGAAAUGUGAAGAAUGGGAAAUAUGUUGUUCUUCCGGUAUACCUGCCCGAACCCGGUGCAGCUGUGAAGUACCUGAAGAUCAAAGGAUGCUCUCAACUCUGUGAUUUAGAAAAGUUCCGUCAAAUUACCGCUUCAAACGUCUUAGACGAGGAUACUUGGAGGUCAAAAUGUGGAUUCAGCAAUGACAUGUAUAUCGACGAUUCUCUAGUCUAG